AUGUCCGUACAGAUUUCGUUGCUACCCCGCUAUGAUUUUGCACGCGUAUGGAAGCAGAAGUUAGCAAUAGCAACCAUGGAUUACUCCAGUUAUGCCUUGGAUAGCAACACCUCAAGAGAUGACACAGCUGUUGCAAAUGAGUUACUGAAGAGAGUCAACUUGCCGAGUGUGAAAGAUUUAUCAGAGUGUACCUCCUCCGUCUUUGUGGCUCUCUGUGAAGGCAUCCUGGGCGACCCACUCAAAGGUGUGUCCUACGUCCCAGUCACCAAGGAGGAUGAGAUCCGCAACGUCCAGCUGGUGGUGGACCAUCUUGCCGACAAGGUCCUACACUGUGACCUGUCCCACAUCAGCGGGCGGGCCGUGGUGGAAGGGGACCGGGUGGCCAUCCAGUACCUGCUGGAGAUCCAGCUGGGGGUCAUGGAUUAUAUCAUGGAGGGCAUCGAGAGUGAAGGAUCCACUACUGACAAUGAAGAUCUUGAUCAUCUUGUGGACCCCGACACCAUGACCAGGGGUACGGUGUCUGCCAUCACCGAUGUCUUGAGAGAGGAGCUAGGUCCUAGAGGCAGGCAGGGGGAGCACUACAGACCAGCUGUUACAGAGCACAACCGCCACCCCUACGACAGUCACACAAUCAGCGACAUCUCCAAGCACAUGAGCCAACCUAACAGCCAGUCGGAGGGAGAGUCCACAGCCGAGCUGAUCAAGCUGGGCACGGAGGAUAAGUCACGAAAUGCACUCAGAUUCCUUCAACGGGACAAAAUGAAAGUUCCAGAAGAAGCCCCUUCAACUGAUGGGCCAGUCAGACAGAACCUGGAUGACCAGCCAACAAGAAUGGGCAGUCAGCUGCCAACAGCCGUGGGAGAAAAGCCUCCUGUGGCCCCAUCAAAUCCACCACCUAUCAGCACUGCAGACUCAACCACUGGCUCACCUGGAAAACACAAAGACACCUUCACAAUACAGGACCUGACCAGCAGUUCCUUCUCUUCCGUGUCGUGGCCCAAGCCCCUAACCAACCGUCCCCCUAGUGAGUUUGAUAACCUUGGGAUGAGACCCAGGCCUGCUGGUUUCAUCACAAACAGACCGGCUUCUAGUAUCGACAGCCUGGCAGGGAGUCCAAGGGAGGGUGGCGGUCGGCAGCAGCAUCACGUGCACACGCACCAUCACUAUCAUCAACCAGUCAGCAAGAGCCUUCCCACCAGCCCAGCACGCCCCAAAUCACCCCCGCAUGCCACACUCUCCAGACCCCCUGAUUCAGAGCAGACGUCCCCUGCCAAACACUCACCAACUCAAGAACUCAGCAAGAGAGUAGAACCAAAAGAUGCGCCGUCAUGGCACGACCGUUUCACAUACCACGAUGACAUGGACAUCCCCGACACAGCCCGUCACAGACUCGGACGUACCUACCCAGACACACUACGGUCCACAUACCCGGCCCCAUCCGGGCACAGACCUGCUAGCAGUGCUGUUACAAGGGGCGGGGUUUCAAUCGAGGGCGGGACCUCAACCGACGGGUACCAGUCAACGGGGAGACGACAGAGGAACGUCAACAUGGAAGAUGUUGAAGAUUGGUUGAGCAGCCGUCUGAGAGACAGAAGAGAGGAAGAGGACUUGCCACCUCGGCCAAGACGAGUGGCUUUUGUGGAGGAUUAUGAGGAGAGGGACCGAUCUCAGCGGUCCUUCUAUCAUGAGAAGCUAGGACCAGUCGCAUCACGGUUCACGCAUGAAAGUAGUGACAGCGAAGCAGACUCGGACCUGCUAUCCCAAUGCAGCGACACAGCAGUGGAUUACCAACGGGCUACCAGCUACCCUGCAUCUCACGUCAUAGACGAUCCCCAUCGGUACCCCGUCAGAGAGCCGGGGGACCAACCUUACCACCUGCGGCCGCGCAGCAAGCCAGCUGGUGCGGCCAAGAAGAAGCGCGCUCAGCCCAGACCCAAGAGCUUGCUCCUGCCCGUGCCCAGCAGCCGGAGCCAGAGGGUGCGGUUUGAGGAGGCGUUGGAGGCAGACGCGACGGGACCGAUGAGCAGCAUCAGGAAGCGGCUGAAUAAGGAGAACAGGAAGCAUGCCAGACAGAAGGAGGUUCUGCGCUAUGUGUAUAAGAGCAACCUAGACGAAGCUAAGAGCGGUCUCAAGAAGCAACUGGACCGAAAUAAGAGAGUCUUAGAUAAACAGGACGCAGAAUUCAGAAAGGUUUUCAGUGGUCCCAAGACCAGCAGGUACCAGCCAGCACAGAAAUACAGCAACAAAGUGACAGUAGAGAGACCGUCACGCAUCACCUCAAGGGGCCCCAUCAGGUCUAAACGCAAGCGCAGUGCCUCGGCUAGUCCCACCAUGCACAGACACAAACGAUUGAGUAUCGGUGACGAUGAGAUGCUGCCCACCGUCAUGCAGGAGUUUCCCUUUCUGCACGUCUCGCCCCAGACGGCCCACGACAUGUGGGCCAAGCAGAUGCGACAGAUGGAGCAGCUGACCAAGAUGGGCCUGGAUCAGAAAUACAAGAAGACCAAGACCCAGCUCAAGAUGGAGGAUGCAGAGAGACGGCAGGAGACCCUUCUCAAAAUCAUGAAGAAAGAGCUAGGCCACAACCAGAGGAUGCGAGAGAUCAAAGAAAGGAGGACUAAUGAGCGAGCCAUGCAGGGUCGUGUUCAGGAGCAGCGGCAGGUGAAUGCCCGUGCCAGACGGUACUAUGAUGAGUUCCAGCUGCGGGCCAAGUCACGCAUGGUCAAGAGACGCACCAGGGAAGAACAGAUUUUCAAGAAGCUCUUCGAAGAUGGGCUGAACAUCCAGAAGGCUCGCAUCAGUGACCUGAGGAAGUAUGCACGGGAGAAACGUGAGGAGUCAGCGCAGCGACAGCAAGAUGAGAUAGACUCACUAGAGAACUACUAUCGCAAUCAGUUCAGUAUGCUUGCAGAGGCCAUUGCCAAGGAGAGAUAUGAGCUGCAGACGAGGGACAAAGCACAAACAAAGGUUAUGGAGGGGAUGAAGAGAGACAUGAGGCGGAAGAUGGAACGAGAGGUCCGGGACUUCCAGGAGCAGAUGUACCGAGACGAAGACACGGAGUACUUCAGGCAGCUGGAGGCAGACAGGAUGAGACGGGAGCUACAGAUGGCAACCUACAAGACCACGAUUUAAACGAAGGACCUUCCAGAAAAAUGAUUGAGAAGCAUGAUGAUGUUUAGAUGGUCGCCGAUUGAACAAGUGGUGUUGGUCAAGACCAUUACUUGAAAGGCUUUCAAGAAAAUGAUCUAGAAGCUGGAGGUCUUUCAGAUGUACAGAGAGUUGCAUU